AAAGCAGAGAAGCACAGAAGCCGUGGAGCGUAUAUCCCCUGGUUGACGGUCCAGCAGCGUCACGUCGUUCCCAGCGUCAGCGCCAGCGCCGGCUUCAUCUCGAACAGACAGCAUGGACCGCUGGAAGCCCGCCGUCCUGCUCAAACCCCUCCGCAAGGAGCAUCCCACGGUGCACGAACAGCAGUAUCUCGUGGGAUUUCGCGGUUUGCUGGUCGUCCAGGCCUUUCUCUGGACCUUUCUCCAGACGUUCGCGCCGGUGACCGUCUACCCGACUCGCAACCAAUAUGGCCCAUUUCCGCAGAUGAUGGUGCGCAAGACGCUGGCCGUGCUCUUCUGGAACGAAUACUUCAUCUACGCGGGCUUCGUCAUCCUGUCUGCGCGCUCCCUGGCCAUCCCCUUCCUGAGAAAGCCGUCGGGGGACGUGAUCGCGCGCGCGGUGAUGUGCCGCAGCAUCACGCUCUGGUUCCCGGUCAUGAUCGGCUUGGCCAUCGUCAAGCUGGCCUUCAACGACAGGUUCUUCGCCGUGCUGGACCUGUUCCGGUCCCGGACGGGGAACAACACCAUGCCUUUCCCUUACAAGCUCCCGUCGACGCUGGCGUACUGGAACUCGGUCUACAAUGUCUUCUGGACCACGCACGACUUCACUGCGCAGGCCGGUAGCACGGCCUUUCCAACGCAGACCCUGUGGCUGCUCAGUGUCGUCUACGUGCAGAGCUACACCGUCUACAUGACCAUGGUGAUCAUCCCGUGGACCCGCGCGAAAUGGCGUGUCCAGGGCGCGUUUUUCUUCAUCAUCACGGCCUGGUGGUGCCAGUCCUGGGCCUGGUUUACCAUCUCUGGUCUGGUCCUGUGCGACGCCGUGAUGAAUAUGGACUUCAAGGAGCGCUCCCAGCGCGGAAUCCCCCUUGAGAUCCCCGUCAAAUCGCUGCGCCGUCCCAACGGCCAGCCGUACCGCGUGCCCGUUUGGGUUCCGGCUGUGUUCUGCCUGACUGCAUCCUUGAUCAUGCAGUACCUGUGGGCUGCGUGGAGGCCUCAGUGGUUCAAUGCCGAGUUCAAGUACCACAGUGCCUUGUACUACACAGCUGGUCUCAACACCGAGUACAUGACCCAUCACACGGCGGCGCGAGCAGAUUCGUAUCUCAUGGUGCUCGGCAUCUUCAUCCUACUGGAGAGCUACGAUGUCCUGCAGCGGUUCUUCCAGAACCCGUUCUUGAUGUAUUUGGGCCGGAGGUCAUUAAGUUUCUUCCUCACCCAGUCCACCAUGAUGUACAUCGCUGGCAUCCGCGUCUUCCACCAUCUGGCUCACGACCGUGGACUGUCGUAUUCGGGCACGACCGUCGUGACGCUGAUUAUUUGUCUGGUUCUUGUCCCUGUCACAGCGGAGGCAUUCUACCGUCUUGUCCAGCGGCCCAGUCGGGCGUUUUCCCAUCUGUUCUAUGAUUUUAUUACUUCUUAGUCUGCCUUGGUUCUGGUUAU